AUGACAAUGGGGCCAUGCGGGGCAACGGUGUCAGACCCGGCAGCUGGACUCUCCGUCUACGCUCCUCGCGGUCCAGCCCACUGCGCGCUCUCACGGCCUCCACAGCCCACCCUGCGCUACUCCAGACGCAAGAAAAUCUUCUGUGUGAUGCCCCCUGGGGCUCUCUUCCUCAUGUCGGCGGCACAGAGGAGGCAGGCGGCCCAGUCCGGGCCCAGAACCAGCCCUCAACCCGCAGCCUUACGCACCGGGUCCCGCGCACCCAGGUCACGGCCCACCCGGACGCCGGGGCCCAGUUCGAAGAAGACACUGCUGCUGGAGCUCAAGGGGCUGCUGGCGGAGCCAGUAGGGGGCUUCCGCGUGACCCUGGUGGAUGCAGGCGACCUGUACAAUCCGGAGGCGGCCAUCUCCGGGACUCCCAACACCUAUUACGAGGGUGGCUACUUCCAGGCGCCUCGCGGGCCCCAUCGACCACCGUUUCCUCUCACUCCCUGCCGGUUUUAUUGCUCCUGA